AUGGCCUCGACUUCCGGUCCUCAAAUUUUCGACGAUGCUGCUCGUCCCCCCACCAAAACGUCUGUGUUCAAAGCCAUGAUUUCGUCCAAGCAUCGUCGAAAUCAGUCAGUUGACGAUGCCGCACCCCGCCAGCUUCCACCCCAACUCCCUCAGAUCCAACCCAGCGGCCCGGUCGCUUUCCCCUGGACGGAAACGCCUUCGCCAGCAUCUGGCCAUCUCCCAUUAGCUGAGAUUGUACCAAACCGUGGCUCCGGAGAGAACUAUACAAAGCUGUCCCAGACGGGCAAUGAGAACAAGGCUGUCUUGCAUAAGAAGACUAAAAGCGCCGUUUCACUCAAGUCACUUCGAAACUACAUGGAAAAGAAAGAGAACAAGACGGAGGAUCCCACAAAGGAAAACUCGCCCGAUUUGACUCCGAAGAAGGCUAAAUCCGCCAACAGUCUUUCGGCUAUCCUCAAACGCUCCCAGCGAGACCGCAAGGAUGGCUCGAAGGAAGGGCGCGAUAAGGAAAAUCGAAGUCCAUCCGACCUUGCCGAUAGUAUGCCAUCUCCGGCUUGGGCCCAGGACCACAAUGCUCCUCUCCAGCAGUCAUCCAAUGGCUCCAGGCAAAACUCAACCUCGACGGCCGACCGGCGCCGAAGCGUUGCUGAGGAAGUUUCGCUUUAUACCCCGAGAGGAUAUAGCCCCGCUCAGCAACGGAAUUUUUACGAUUACCAUCAGCCUUCUCUAGCAAAACCUGGAGAAGGAAAGUCCAGGCCCAAGUCAGAAUCCUUAGUGAGCAAUAAGAAGUUGAAGGAGCUUGCGACACCUACGCUACGCACGCCAGUGGUGAAUAGCAACGCAAUUGAAAAAGUGGACAGCACUUCUUCCAGAACUCAACGGUUUGAAGCGCCCCGGAGAAAUUCCGGCCAGAGCGUUCCUUUGUCUGCGCCCUUAGAAAAGCAGAGAGACAAAGAACCUGGCAAAAGGCUCUCGCGGGUUCAGGCGGCUAUUUCUGCUUUCAAUGCCAAGGAUAAGGAGGUCGACGUGCAGAGGCACCUCGACUCGAAGAAUGUCGAGAGUGAAUUUGAAAAGCUUUUGGAUGCAAGAAACAUCCCCCACAAUAUGAGAGACCGAAUGCGUUCCCUCGAUACUAAUAUCAAAGUCGACUUCAUUCAAAAGUCAGAGAUUGUGACACCCCAUAGCGCGGGAACAUCUGACAGUCGUCGGGGCCGUGGAAAGGAGUCAAAAGACGACCAGAAAUCGCAGGACCGUAAGGGCUCUCGCUCACGCUCUCGAAGUCGCGGCUUCACCUUUGGCCGUGGUUCCUCUUCCUCUAACAAGAAGACGCGUUCAGAAAGCAGAGGAUCUAGCCGUCCUCGGUCUAUUGACUUGUCGCAGCCUGUUGGUGUAUACACCACUCUCCAUCCAGGUGGCUCAACUUUGUCUGUAGGCGAGCCCACGGCUGUGGAUACUGCUGCGGACCCGUCCGAUUUUGUUCACUACCUGCGAGAAAUUCAGAAACCAGAAAUGGUAGAAGUGGGCAAAAUUCACAAGUUGCGUCUGUUGCUGCGGAAUGAGACAGUUGGCUGGGUGGACGAUUUCAUCGCUGAGGGUGGGAUGAAUGAGAUUGUUCAACUGAUAUAUCGUAUCAUGAAGAUGGAGUGGAGGGAGGAUCACGAGGAUACCCUCCUUCAUGAAGCUUUGCUCUGCCUGAAAGGUCUUUGCACUACUUCGAAGGCCAUGGCUCAGCUCACUCGCAUGGAAGGAGAGCUUUUCCCUGCUCUGCUUAAGAUGUUGUUUGAUGAGGAGAAGAAAGGGCCCAGCGAAUUCACCACGCGCGGUAUCAUUAUUAACCUCUUAUUUACCCAGCUCGCUGCUGUCGCACCUGAGGAUCCACCCUCGACGCGAGCCGAGAGAAUUCUGUCUUACCUCCGGGAUCCUUCACCAGACGACGAGAACCAGCCCGUCUCGUUCAUUGCUGAAAUCUAUCAAGCUCGCCCUUAUCGUGUCUGGUGCAAGGAAGUUACUAAUACGACGAAAGAGGUGUUCUGGAUCUUUCUUCACCACCUGAACGUUAUUCCCCUCCCGAAGGUUGAUCAAGCAAAUCCUGAAGAUCCUUUCACAGGAAGACCUUUGCCGAGUCCUCGAACCUUCAGCGAGCGCCACUUCCCUGCUCCUCGUCCUCCCGUCCCAGCUGCUCCGUACGUGGGCGGGGUUGAAUGGGAUGCUACCAACUACCUCGCGGCCCACCUUGACUUAAUGAAUGCAAUCAUUGCUUCUCUGCCUACUGUUGAUGCUCGUAACCGCCUACGUGGGGAACUCCGAGCGUCCGGAUUCGAAAAAGUGAUGGGUGGCAGCUUGCGCACCUGCAAAGAGAAGUUCUACUCAGCCGUCCAUGAGUGUCUCCGCACAUGGGUUGCCGCUGCCGUCGAGGAUGGUUGGGCAUACAACCUUGUCCGUGAAGGGCCUCCCCGUCCUGGUGAGCCCGGGUCCCCCAUCAAGUCACCUAAGAAGGUUCCUGGCAGCCCGAAGAAGGGGCUGGUAGACGACAAACCCCCCCAAGCUGGAACUGGCACUCAAUUUCCCAGAGAGCUGUUCUCCUCCCAGCGCUGCUGCUGCUUCAAGUGA